UGUGGAAGAUGGAGGCUUGUGCGUGGCGAUGGUAAAGGAGGCAGUAGCAGACGGAGAGGGCCUCACGGUGCGCCUGUCCCAGGCUCAGCGGUUCCUGACCGUUUUCUCCCGGCGCUCCGCUGCGGGCUGCCUCAGCACAGGCCUCCUGCUGCCGGCCUCGGGGCUGUGGGUGCAGACUGAACACAGAGCUGAUAGAAGAAAGUCGUUACAAGGACACUAUCUUUACCAGUGAGCCAGCAAAAUGAGCGCUUCAGAAGAGUUGAAACCAACAGAGCCUGACAGAAGCAGACCUCAUCAGUGUCUGACUUGUGGGAAAUCCUUCAGUCGGCUGUGUAGUCUACGAAGACAUGAACUGAGUCACACUUCUGAGGAACUAUACCACUGUGAACAGUGUGGCAGCAGUUUCAGCCAAUUAAACGCUUACAAGCUACACCUGUAUACUCACCCUGAAGAAACAUCAUACUGCUGCAGCCAGUGUGGGAGAGAUUUCAGUGACCAGAGUUCCUAUAGAAAGCACCUUCGGGACCACAAUGGACCAUAUCAGUGUGAGCAAUGUGAAAAAAGUUUCAGUUACUUAAGUAUUUACAAAAUACAUAUGCGUGUCCACACUAAAGAAAAGCCAUACUGCUGUGACCAGUGUCCCAAGAGUUUUAGUUUUUUAAGCUCAUACAAGCGACACCAGCUGAGUCACAGUGGAGAGAAACCUUACCAGUGUGAUUUUUGUGGCAAGAGUUUCACUCAGUCAGGGCAUUUCAGUCUUCAUCUGCGGAAUCACACUGGAGAGAAACCGUACGAGUGUGGCCAGUGUGAAAAGAGCUUCAGUGACUUGAGCAGUUACAAGAUACACCAGCGUGUCCACACAGGAGAGAAACCAUACUGCUGUGACCAGUGUGGAAGGAGUUUUUCUCAGUUAGGUAAUUAUAAAUCACAUUUACGCAUACAUACAGGAGAAAAACCAUUCCAGUGUGAAUUGUGCAAGAAAAGUUUCUCUAUUUCAAAAACGUACAAGCAACAUAUUCACACUCACACUGGAGAGAAACCCUAUAAGUGUAAAGAAUGUGGCAAGAGUUUUGGUCGUCUAAGCAACUAUAUUCGCCACCUUCGCAUCCACACUGGAGAGCAACCCUUCAGCUGUGACCAGUGUGGGAAAUGUUUCAAUAGCUCAUACAGUUACAACCGCCACCUACGUGUUCACACUGGAGAGAAACCAUACUGGUGUUCGCAUUGCAAGAGACUCUUUACUCGUUCACAGUCCUUAAAGAAGCAUCGCUGCACUGCGAUUCAUGAUGAUGAAGAGCGAGAAAGUGAGGUGAGCUACUCCUCAGCAAAUUACAGCCUACAACAACAGGUGACAAACUAAUGUAAGAACCAACUUGGACAUCCUGACAGUAAUUGAGACUUACCUAACAUGUCGGUAUGAAAAAAAUCCCCCAGUGGUCAUUAGAGCAGUCACUGAUCAUUUGUGCCCUAUUAAAGGGGAGUGUCAUCCUAGAGGAGCCCAUGCUCACCAUGAUAAAGGUGAUAAUUUGCUUUAUAUUGAUUUGCAUUUAACUUUCUAAAUGGGCAAAUGCACCCAAACUAGAUGUCGCUCACACAUAAGAGCCCCGGGUACCUUCUGUAGAAGUCGAGCAUUUAAGAUUCUUCUUUACAGCAGGUCGGUGUGAUAUCUUUGUAGCUGUUCUUUUGUAGGUGAGCUCAGGGCCAAGAGUAGUUCACACUAGAAUCUGAUAUUGGCCACAUUUAAAGAGCAGUGUAGACAGCCAAAAAAAUCAGAUCUAGCCAAGAGGCCUGGUCAUGUAAAAUAUAUAUCCAACAGACUUUUAAACUGACAUAGGGAUGCUAGUUUGAGUGAAUGAGGAACUGAAAAGAGUCAUUUCUUUUCAUUUUACAAACUUUUGAUGUUAACAGCUUAAUUGUACCUUAUAGCACUUUUCUGGUUUUACUGACCUUUACACCACAAGCUGCAUUAACCCAUUCACACACAUUCAUAAAGCGCUUUAAUCUGUGCACUUUAAGCACUAUCAUGCACACUAAUAUAAUGCAUCGGGGCAACUGGGGUGCAGUGUCUUGCCCAGGAUUCAGCAUCCAGACUAGAGGUGGCCUGCUUGUUACAAAUACCUGUAUUUUAGCCAUGACAGUAGUAAAAACAGUGCGAUUACUUUUAUAAAAGCAUACGAUCAACUUAUAAUGAUAAGUCAUAAAAUGUCAGAAACCACUCCUGUUGAUCACCCCUUUAAAUGUAUCUGAAUGAAAUGCAGUGUUUGUCUAGAUUAAAUGUCCCAGAAACAAAGUUGCUCACAGAACUGGGAAAAAUACGUUUGAAAAAAAUUUCUCAAGGUGUGUGUCAGACCUUACUGUGGACUGUUUGAUGCCUUUGUUAUUGUUUUCAAUCCACUGCAUGUGUAAUUUGUAAAUCUUGUAUGAUUUAGGAUAGUUCUUAAUAUAUAUGCAGUUGAUUAUAAUUAAUAAAUACCUUUUUAAAGAUAAGAUUGCUCCACAAUGAAAGUUUAGUUCACAACUUGCAACAAAACAGAUCACUCGGGGAACAUAUCCGAGAGGUGAGAUGAUUUUAAAUCUCACGUUUGUCGUAGCUGGACCGAAGCUGGUCUGUCAGAGCAUCACUGUAACAUUAAUGUUGGGGAUCCAUUUUUGUUAAUGUGACUUGUGGUAAGAAUGAAAAGGCUGACAUAUUAAUAUGACUGUAUAUGGUGUAGCAUUACUGUCUAGGAUUGGAGGUUGAAAAAUCAAACUUAUAUGCGACCAUAAAAUAAAUAA